AUGAACCUAUCCCCGACGCAGCAGAGAAGAGAGAGUGGCGAUGCCGUGUUGGACCGAGUGAACGCCGAGCUCGACGAGAUGACGCGAAGAGGAGAUUUCGGGCACCCACCCGAUCUGCAACGCCUGCUCGCGGCGCAGCGAGAGCUCAUCAAUCGGUACGCGACGAUCGAGACCAAGUCACAGUUUCACGACAUUUGCGGACUGUGGCAAGAUAUGGGUUGGCACGCGGAUCGCCCGAAAGUGUUGUUGUCGUGUAGCGCGACGCGCGAAGGCGUCGUCAUCCCCAAGGGCGCAAAGAUUCUCGUCCUUAAGAACAACCCGCAGCCCAACACGCAGCAACCGUUCGCAAGGCUCGUCUACCUCACGCACGAUGUCGCGCACGACUUGAGUCCUGCCGGACCGGCGCAAACUAUUCACUAUAAUCAAGUUAAACUUGAGCAGGAAGAUGCCGUGAGCAGCAAGUAA